CACAUUUUUUUCUUUAUACAAUCUGUGUUGUCCAUCCCGAGUUAUCUCUGAUAAUUUACAUGCACCUGGAGAGCAAUGGCGUAUAGAACUUUGACAUCGUUUCUACUUGUCUGUGUUUCCUAUUCAUUAUGCCAAGGACGGAUAGAGCCUCCCGAGACAGACUGGGACAAACUAGCAACGGACAGUUUGCAAAAGGCACUCAAACAAACAUACAAUACAAAUUUGGCAAAAAACAUUAUCUUAUUCAUCGGAGAUGGAAUGGGCGUGUCCACUGUAACUGCAGGCAGAAUAUAUAAAGGUCAAAAACAAGGCCAUCCUGGCGAAGAGACGAUUCUGAAAUUUGAAGAAUUUCCUCAUGUAGCCUUGUCAAAGACAUACGGAAAUGAUAGGCAGGUUCCAGACUCUGCGCAAACAGCCACGGCGCUGAUGAGCGGUUAUAAAACAAAUUUCUACAUAGUUGGCUUCAAUGACAAGGUUACAGAGGGGGAUUGUUCUGCUGAAACUGAAGAGAACAAACUUAAAUCUAUUCUUCAUCACUUUAAUGAUGCCGGUAGAUCUACAGGUGUGGUAACGACUGCACGACUGACCCACGCGACACCUGCCUCGUCCUAUGCCAACAGUGCUAACAGAGACUGGGAGUACGAUGCUAUACUCAAAAAAACAAACGUUACAGGAAACUGUAAAGAUAUUGCUUACCAACUUGUUUAUGACAAUUCGUAUAUACAGGUUGCCAUGGGCGGCGGAAGAACGAGGUUUUUACCUAAUACCACUACUGAUACAGAGGAUGGCAGCAAGGGUAAAAGAACUGAUGGCUUGAAUUUAGUAUCUGAAUGGCAAAAGAAGCAAAAUGAAAAGGGAAGGCGUAAUCAAUAUGUAACUAAUAAACUGGAAUUUGAUAGGAUAGAUCCAGCUACCACAGACUCUGUACUAGGCCUUUUUGAGUCAUCACAUAUGCAGUAUGAAGUUGAUAGAAAUAAAGCAAACGACGGAGAACCAAGCUUAGAAGAAAUGACAGAAAAAGCAAUAAAAAUUCUUAAAAAGAACACUAAAGGAUUUUUCUUAUUGGUUGAAGGUGGUCGUAUAGACCAUGCUCAUCAUGACAAUACUGCAAAGAGAGCAUUAGAAGAAGUAUUAACAUUGGAGAACGCAGUGAGAAAAGCCAUCGAACUUACCAAUCAGGAAGAGACGUUGAUAAUAGUAACGGGUGACCAUUCACACGUAUUCAGUAUAGGUGGUUAUCCGUACAGAGGAAAUGAUAUUUUAGGUCUUGCCAAUCCAUUAUGGUAUGAACCCUCGUUAGAUAAGUUACCGUAUACAACAUUAUCUUAUGGAAAUGGACCGGGUAUGAAUUAUACUAUUGUGGGCAGAGAGAAUAUCACAGGAGUUGAUACAACUUCUGAUAACUACGUACAACAGAGUGCUGUUCCCGUUGCAUCAGAGUCACAUGGCGGAGAGGAUGUACCCAUAUUUGCCAUUGGACCGAUGUCACAUCUUAUUCACGGUGUUCAAGAACAACAUUAUGUUGGUCACGUGAUGCAAUUUGCUGCAUGCGUGGGAAAGUAUUCCAAAAAUUGUGAUCGCAUAGUAACAAAUCCACAUUCGGCUUCUAGUGCAAAUGAGAUACAGUUUUCCUUUUUAAGAGUGAUAAUGUAUGGAAUUUUAGGAGUAUUACAUGUAAUGCUUAUAUUUUAAUAUCGUACUGUUGUUUUAUUUUGUUUCUAUUUUGAUGCGUCAUUAUCCAGAUCAUAUUUUUUAUCAUGUAUAAGUGUAUAGUUAACAAAAAUAAACAUAUUGUAUAUA